UAACACAGAUAUGGAUAGAGUGAGAGAAGAGAAAGAGUUGCAAUAUAUAGAACAAAAUAGAAGGGGUAAAUCAGAGAGAGAAAACAAGAAGAGGAAGAAACGUGAAGAAAAUGAGAGAGAGAGAGAGAGAGAGCGAGAGAGAGAACAAGAAGAGAGAGCGAGGGUUCUCAUCAUCUCUCUCUCUUUCAUUUCCUGACAAAGGCACUGUAUUUGGAACUCAAGACCAUCACAAUCAAAAUAUUCCACUCAUAAGCAUCAAACGGAAACAACAAAAAUAGUAGUCAUGACCAUCAACACCACUAAUAACUGCACAGAGCCCCAGAGUAACUGGCUCUUUGUUGGGGUCUACUCCAUGGUCUUCGUGGUUGGCCUCAUCCUCAACCUCACAGCACUAGUGGUGUUCUUCCGCUACACCAAGUCUCGGUCUCACACCACCGUCUACAUGACUAACCUGGCCAUCGCAGACCUUCUCCUGGUCCUCACUCUGCCCCUGAGGAUCUACUACCAUCUGGGAAUGUCUGGGUUACCUCAGUUACCUCAGGUCCUGUGUGAAGGGGUGGGCCUGGUUCUGCUGGUCAACAUGUAUGGCAGCAUCUUUCUCCUCACCUGCAUGUGUUUCGACCGUUGUGUAGCCGUAUGUUUCCCCAUGUCUUGCCGGAUUCGGGAGGGCCGAAAGAAAGCCCCACUGGUCUGCCUCGGUGUCUGGGUCCUUACCAUCGGAGCCAGCCUCCCAUUCUACAUCUCCAAACGCAGAGAGCCAUCCAAUGAGAUGCAGGACCUUUGUUUCGGGACCCUUCCAGUCUACGCCACACAGGCAACGGCAGUCGCCUCGACACUAACCAUCGGCUUCGGCAUCCCCUUGGUGGUGAUGUUGGUCUGUUCCUUGGCGUUGAUCCGUACCAUCACAAGGAGCGCUGUAGCCCAGACAGAACUCAUCAACUCUGGGAAGAUCCAGAGGAUGAUCACCACCAACCUGGUGAUAUUUCUGGCCUGCUUCCUUCCCUACCAUGGGACUCUGGCGCUCCUCUAUGUCCGUAGGGAAGCGGUAUCAUGCCCCCUACUGUCGGCAUACCGCUAUAGCCUAAUGGUGGCCUGUCUGAACGCCAUUUUGGAUCCACUGGCGUACUAUUUCACCACGGAGACGUUCAGGAAGAAGGUGGAUAUGGACGCCAUGAGGAGGAUGUUCCCACUCAACAGUCAGAACUCUGAGGGGAACAACUCCAGAGCCCCAUUCAACACUUAAUGUUCUAAAGAGACAGUCUGGGAUUUGAAAAACAACAAAUCCGUCACCCCGCCGGCCGCCAAUUGUUUUGGUAAAAAUGUAUUAAAGCACGUUCCAUGUACUGCUAAGAUAUAGAAUGGUGAUUAUAUUGGAUUUAUGAUGUGUAGUUCUACGCCAAGCUAACACCCAAGGUGUUAAGAUAUUGGAUCAUCCAUGUGCAAUCAGUUGGUUCUCAUACUGAAGUUUCGGACUAUGCAGUGGCAUGUAUUCAGGGAUGCCAAAGGAAGGCAGGCUUCCCCAGAACAAUCACCAAGAAAAAAAGAAAAAAUAUAAUAAAAAUAAAUGUAUCUUUCAUAGUUUUACUUCAAUUUGCAAGAGGCUAAAUCUACAGUAGCUUACAGGAGCUACUCUGUUUCUGUAUGUGUAGCUCAUCUAUCUGAUGCUUUCUGGUCAAAAAUAGUAUAAUAUUGUUGCCGCCUGUAGCAUUGAAUUACAAGGGAUGAAUAAUUAUUAAUAAUAAUAGCCAAUCAGCGUUGAGCUAAACUGAGUGAGCUCAGCUGUGAAUGGUCCUGGUGCACCAAAAGAAAGUGUAAAGGGAAGCCAGUCCGGAUUUGGCUUCACACCAGUCACAUCACAUCCAGCCAAACAUCAUUGACAGAAAAAACGUGAUUUGUUGUAUCUAGUUUCCUAAAUUAGCCAAGGACAGAGAUAGGGAUUUUGUGGUUUUACUUCAUUCUCCACACUGGCCAAUUCUGCGAUUCUGACACAACCAUUAAUUCAUACAUUGUGUCCCUAGACUGACAGGAUGGAAGUUCAAUAUGUAGAAGGCUAAUGUGAACGAGCUAAUGUUGUCAUGAAAGGAAAUUAGGCUAGCAAGCAACAUUCUAGCCAGGUAGUCUAGGACAACAUAAACUUAAAGCAUGUAUGACAGAGUCAUAGACGUUUCGGCAACAUGAAUGAGAGGAGGAUGGCAUUGGCCUUUCUUUACAAGUAGGGGGAGUCAACACAUUUUCUACUUACGCACACAAACACACAAAUCAGUACCAUGGACAGCCACAUGAUAGGUAAGAAUGUACAUAUUUUCCCAUUAAUAAAACGAUAUCCUAACAUCCAAUAUAUUUCAACAUUUUUUAAAAACACAUCAAGACUCCAAACCAAGUAAAAAAGAAAACUUUUUAGAAUCAUCCAACAGCAACAUCUGCAAUAAACACUGAUCCAAAACAGUUUUUUUUUUACAGCUAAUCAGAGCUCAAAUACAAAUGCAGUUGGAUCAUUUUCAGGUGGCUGAACAUUUGCUUAUGUUGAUUGGACUAAAUCGUUUUUGGAAUAUUCUAGAUGUCACUGUAUUAGACUAAGCAUAGGUGAUUUCAUGAUGUCUAAAUGUUGAAGUUGAAAUGGUGCUGGAAUAGUGGAGGCUAUAACGAUACAGGGCAAGACCCAGAUGCAGACACGGGAGGCAGAGGGUUCGAGUCUGAUAUUUAUUAUAAAACAAGGGGCAGGCAAGAGACAGGUUGUGGACAGGCAGAGUGGCAGGCAGGCUCGAGGUCAGUGCAGGCGGGCUCGAGGUCAGUGCAGGCAGGCUCGAGGUCAGUGCAGGCAGGCUCGAGGUCAGUGCAGGCGGGCUCAGUGUAAAGGCAAGCAAAGGUCAGAACUGGGACGACUAGAAAAACAAAGAAAAAUGCAAAUGAAUUACUUAAAAAUCAUACAAUGUGAUUUUCUGGAUUUUUGUUUUAGAUUCCGUCUCUCACAGUUGAAGUGUACCUAUGAUAAAAAUGACAGACCUCUACAUGCUUUGUAAGUGCGAAAACCUGCAAAAUCGGCAGUGUAUCAAAUACUUGUUCUCCCCACUGUAUGUGGAAUUGACAAGGCAACUCAAAGGGACAGGAUGUACAAGAUGAUAGAGUUUUACUUAAGAUGGUGUUAAAGUUAAGAAAUCAUAAUUCAGCGACAAGACAUCAACGGUGUCAAAAACAAACCCCAUGAAUGCAAUGCACAUUAUAUUGCCAUUCUCUUGAAUUAUACAUUUUACACUGAGUAAGCUUGUUUGUAAGUGACUAGUUCAAAGUUGUAUCAAAUGUGUUUUCUAAAAGUUUGCUUGGUGUAGAUACAGUACAUCUUUAUCAAGCUUCAAA